AGAAAAAAAAAUAUCUGACUAAUAUCUCAAUCCAUUAUUCUUAUUCUGUCCCUCAAUCUGAGUCUUCAACAGCUCCAAACUAUCUAAUCCUUAUCACUUCAAUUGUUCAUUAUCCAGUCGUCAACUUAAACAAAUUACAGUCUUACUAUACUCUAAAUCUUCCAAUGUUCCCUGCCCUGUGCCUAAGUUCCCCCAAAAGCACACCACCAUCAGAAUCCUUAGGUAUUGGUAUAGAAGGCUAUGCAAAUUCAAAGCAUAUCGGAGUCAAUUAUGUGUUUAUUGGCCCUCUCACUGCCAAAUAUCGCCCUGUCAUUGCUAAGGCUGCUAAAGAAGACCGAAACACCAAAACGAAUAGUAUGAUUUGUGCUGACUGUGAUGGGAAUGGAGCUGUUCAAUGCUCUCAAUGCAAAGGUAAUGGAGUGAACUCUGUUGAUGUUUUCAAUGGACAGUUUAAAGCUGGUGACUCCUGUUGGCUUUGCGGAGGAAGGAAGGAGAUGUUAUGUGGAAAUUGCAACGGGGCAGGCUUUGUUGGUGGCUUCUUGAGCACUCAUGAUCAGUAGGAACAGAGUCCUUGAAUUCCUGAGAAUACUUAUUAUAUGUCUGUGCACAUAUACAUGUAUAUUAAGGCCUUCAAUACUUUCACUCUGCAGAUUUUAUAGUUGGUACUUACGAGUUCAUUUGAAGACUUUACUGGUUGUUUAAAAACAAAAAAAUAAGAGCUUAGUAUCAUAUUUAUCUA